AUGUCGUCCUCGACGACGGCGGCGCCACUCUUCCCCGCCGGCGGCACGCGCCCGCUGCAGCAGCAGGCGCCGUCGCUGGCCGCCGGCGACGGCGGGGGCGGCGGGUCGUACACGCCGGUGUUCGUGGUGCUGGGAGUGAUCGCGGCGCUGCUGGUGAUCUCCUGCCUCGUGGGGCAGGUCUGCACCAAGAAGUACAUGCGGCCCCGCCCGCGCAGGGACCGCGUCGCCUACUACGACGACGACGGCAUGGAAGGCGGGUUCGGCCUGCCUCACCACGGCGGCAUUGCCAAGAUGGAGGCGUCCGCGCCGCCGGCGUCGUCGGUGGAGACGCGGGCGGCCGGUGGCGCCGCAGCCGCCGUGCAACAGACUGCCGCGGCGUGA